CGGCAUUUCUCAAUCGCAUCAAUGGUGGAUUGGUCUACACUUCCGAAGGAUCUCUUAGACCUAAUCUCAAAAUCUCUAGAAUCUUCCUUCGAUCUCGUCCAAUUCCGUUCCGUUUGUUCUUCAUGGCGAUCCGCCGCCGAGCCAAAACGUCCGCUCCCAACACAUCACCUCCCGAUCCUCCCCGAUAACGGUGGUAGCCUCUUCCCUGAUUCCGCCGUAGGUUUCCGUCUCUCGCAGCGGAGUAUCUUACUUAUCAAGCCUCAUGAACCACCACACAACGAAGCAGAUUCGUUUGGAUGGUUGAUCAAAGUCGAGGAAGACCUUAAUGUUCCUCGUAAGGUGACUCUUUUAGAUCCGUUAUGUGAUAAAAGAAACUCAAUUCCUGAGAAUUUCCCUCGUGUUCUCGAUAUGUCGAAGUUUAAGGUUCGAGAAUUGGGUCGAGAGUUUAAGCUUCAUUAUUUCAAUACUGUUGGUGAUAUUGUAGAGAGUUUGUAUUUGGAGAAAGCUGUUGUUAAGUAUCUAGAUUGUGAUGUUGAGUAUAAAUUUGUGUUGCUUACGAUUCAUGUUUCGGGGAAGUUAGCUGUGUUUAGGUCUUGGGAUCGAGCAUGGACUGUGAUUAAUGACAUGCCUUCUCCUUAUGAUGAUGUGAUUUUGUUCGAUGGAUUUUUCUUUGCUGUUGAUAACAACGGGAGAACUGUGGUUGUGGAUUACAGUUCUUUGAAAUUGACGUUGGUCGCGAGUCCUGUGUUUGGUGGUGAUAAGAAGUUUUUGAUUGAAUCUUGUGGUGAAAUGUUGCUUGUUGAUAUGUAUUUGAGCUUAGAGGCAGUGGAAGGGGAUCCUGGAUUCGUCGAGGAGAUUUUCGAGCAUCCUGCGUUUUAUAUGAAUGAGAGAACGGUUAAAUUUAAAGUAUAUAGAUUUGUAGAAAGAGAGGAGAGUUGGGUUGAGGUUGAGGAUCUUGGGGAUAAGAUGUUGUUUCUUGGUGAUGAUUCCACCUUUUCCGCCUCAGCUUCUGAUAUUUUACCUACCAGUGAUGGAAGCUCCGUGUUCUUCAAUGGUAAUGUCUUCAAUGGUAAUGUCUUCAAUGGGGAAGACUUGGGCGCAAUGCAAGAUCGAGAUUUGGGAGUGUUUGAUUUGAGGACUGGCAAAAUAGAGCUGGUGCAAAAACUCCCUGAAUAUGCCAAGUUGUUUUGGCCUCCACCUCCCUGGAUUACUUCUCAUGCGGUCAGUAGUUUUGAAACUCUUAACACCUGAAAUACCCGUUUGUUUAGGAUUGUUUUCUUAUACAGUAGUUGUGUAUACACUACCUUGCAUUUGCAUCUCGUGGCUAUGGAAACUCUGUGACAAUAUCCUUAUAUCAAUCAACAUCUUUCAUCUUU